AUGAUCGUGUGCAGACGUCCUCUCUGCCCACCUAUGUCGUGUGCAGACGUCCUCUCUGCCCACCUAUGUCGGGGCAAGAAAUGUGGAGCUUUUCGCUCUAGUAUUGAUGUUGACUCUCACGCCUUUUGUGCUAGGUGCCGAGGGCGUGAGUGUGAUAGGGUUAACAAAUGUGACACUUGUAUCUCUUGGUCGGAGGAGCAGUGGGAGAGAUACGAGACAUCCCCUUCGACUUCCUUCGUGACUGAUAUGUCGUCUUCUUUCCUUAACUCACAGUUUUGGUUAAUGGCGGUUUUUGCUUAUCAACACACCCCAGGGAAACGAACCGCCCCCACCCCCAUCCCCGAUAACCGGGUACUGCCUAUAACAUUAACUUAUAAAAACUUAGGAAAAAGGCACGAAAAACAAAUAGAAAAGGGACAAGAGGAAGGUUAUCCUCAACUGCAAGGAAGCGUAAGGGAAACCUUCUCAUGCAAGGGCGACAAGCGAUACUGCCCAGGCACCCUCAAGAACUUGGAACUCAGAAAACUUGGUCACACCUCAUUUAUGACCACACCAGCCCUCUUCGCAGGAUUAAUUGGCGCUCCCUUUUUGAGACAGAUGCCACACCCAGGCAAAGUCCAAAAUCCGAAGGCGGCGCCAAGAAGAGGUCAUCUGAAUAAAAAGGCUGGACAGGGAGAUAGAAGACGGUGGAGAAAGACUGGGAAAGCAGAAACAGAAAGAGGGAGACAGGGUGGAGAGAAGAAGAAACAGAGAGGUGCCAAGUGUGUUCUCGCAUGGCAGAGCAACGGACAAAAGACAUCACCGCCCACCCCCCAGGGAGAGUCGCCCACCCCUGCUACUCCAACCACAACUAAGGAGGGCGAGGUGAAGGUGAUGUCCCUACAGACUACCGGCGUCCUUUCCAACAGCAGCUUUGCCAGAUUGCUGACGCCCUUCCCAGAACUCAGGGAUUUCACCGUCUGCUACAGGAUCAAACUACAAAGACACCGAAAGGAGUCAACUCUCAUGUCCUACGCCCUUUCGGAUGAUGAAGACAGGGAACUCAGGAUGGAUCACUGGAGGACUGGAUACAAGGUGUCACUCCAUGGCAACUGGGCUACCUCCAGCAUCAUAACAGAAAUGAGGCAGUGGGUGCACUUCUGCUUCACGUAUGCUUUCCAAACUGGAAACUGGGUCAUAUUCAUGGAUGGGCAAAUCUACGCUACUGGGACUCUUCCGACGACAACUGUGCCACUAAGAGCUAAUGGUGUUUACAUAAUAGGGCAAGAACAGGAUGAACCCGGUGGGGGAUUCCAGCGUGACCAAAGUUACAAUGGUGAAAUCACUCAGCUUAAUUUCUGGUCUAGAGUGUUGAAUAAAAUAACCAUACAAAAGAUGUCAGAAUGUACGCAUCAAGAAGAGGGGGAUGCAUUGCCUUGGACACAUCAAUCCUGGAAAAUAAGUGGUGAUGUCACUUGGGUCACUUACAAACAGAAAGAGAUUUGCAAUCAAAGCAAACGAAGACUUGUAAUAUUUCCAGAUCGUUUUACUAUUGGACGUGCUGUGCAGGUUUGCAAAAUUUUUGGUGGAGCUGUGGCAGUCCCAAAAACUGAAGAAGAGAAUGAAUGGCUAUUUAACUCUUCAAAACGUUAUGCACAACACUGCUCUGGUGAUAUAGGAGCGUCUUAUUUGUGGCUGGGUGCCGAGGACCAACAAGAGGAAGGGGUGUGGAGAUACUUGCAAAGAAACGAAACACUUCCCUGGCAAGGUAGAUGGCGUGGAGAUCGACCUAAUGGUGGAAAGAUGGAAAACUGUCUGGUAAUGCUGAAUGAAAGACCCUCUGGAGCUUGGUCUGAUAUUGAAUGCCUUGACUCAUAUGAAUUCUGUGUUCCAUGUGAAUUUGAAGAGCUCAAGGUUAUAUAUUUGAAAGGCCCUGCAAUCUGUAACAGGUCACCAUUUAACUUUGAAUAUUACUUGGGAGAGGAAAGAGGUGGCCGUCCAUCCUUCAUUGGUCUAUCUCACUCAGAUAUAUAUUGGGAUACUGAAAUGGAAGCCUGGGUGUUGAAGUCUCUUAAGGUUGAAGCUGUUGCCUGGUGGAAACCACCUGAAGAAGGGAUGUAUCCAUAUGGUACACAACUUUGGACAAUGGGUUCCAAAGUAUGCAACCUGGCAGUUGGAGAAACAGCAAGCCUUACUCUUUCUGUCUGUGGCAAAGGCUUAUUCACUUGCAGUGAUGGUACAUGCAUUGACGUGAAUAAACGUUGUGAUCUGAGGGUUGACUGCUCAGAUCAGAGUGAUGAGGUAGGCUGUUCGCUUCUCAGUAUCCCAGAAGGAUACAUGGCAAAUAUUCCGCCACCUCCCAUCACCAAAAAUGAGCCAUUACAUAUACUAUUCACAAUUAACAUCAUGUCUUUUCCAUCAAUAAAAACAGAUGCCCUUACUUUUGAUGCCUUACUGGACCUUACGCUACGUUGGAAGGAUACCAGGCUUACUUACCAGAAUUUGAAGGAUGACAGGUCUCUGAAUAUACUCACAGACUCUGUUGUGUCACAGAUAUGGAAACCUAAAAUCUUCUUUAGUAAUGCUCAAGGCAAUCUAUAUUCUAACGUUGGUGAUGGAUCCCGAACAGAAUGCAUCCGUGACGAAAACUCUGAUGUUCGAACAACAAAUAUAUACAGCCAAGUUAGCAAAUUUUCUGGACUUGACCACAGUCUGGAAACGAGUCAGUUGUACAAAGCUACCUACAGCUGCGACUUCGAUCUCCUGAUGUUCCCUUUCGAUCGACAGGUAUGCCAUCUACGAUUCACUUUGGUUUCUGCAUCCACUUCCUACGUGAUGCUGGUUCCAAUAAAUAUUUCCUACACUGGAUCUCGCAGUCUCAUUGAGUAUUCCAUCGGUUACAUGACAAAUAAAACUCUCAAUGCGGGACAGUUUUCAAAGGUCGAUAUACAAGUGAGAUUUAGGAGAAGAUAUGGGUUCUAUGCGAUGAACAUCUACAUACCUACGACAUUAAUCAUUAUCGCCGCUUAUACAACAUUCUUCUACAAUCAAUACGACUUCAACUCGCGUAUAGUAGUUGCUCUAACAGCAAAGGUUGUGCUGUCUUCAUUGUAUUCCCAAACCUCAAAUUCACUGCCUAAGACAUCAUACUUCAAGUGUAUUGAUAUAUGGCUCUUCUUUGCCAUGGUAAUAAUCUUCAUUGUGGUUAUUUUACAAACCCUGAUUGACUUUUCUGCUCAAGACGACUUCUCUGGCAUAAAAGCAUGUCUCUCCAAAGCUGCGGAGAAACUAAAGAGAAAGGAAUCAAGCGAUAUGGAUUAUGACAGCUUUUCUGAAGAUGAAUCUAGUGCAUGCUCGGCGAACAUGUUCCGCUGCUUCAAGUCUGAGGAGAAAGUGGACAGAAUUCGGGUUAAAGCUGCAGGAGCAGGAAUAAAUUGGCCUGGCCACAGACCACUUGUGCCUUGGCGAGCUUGUCUUAAUCAAUCCCUAACUGCAUCUGUUACUAAGUUCUCGAUGGUGCUUGUGACGCCCUUGAAAAUGGCCCCUAAACGUCCUACACCCUCUACAUCCUCUGGUAAACCCAAGAAGAAGAGAAAAAUGAUGACGGUGAACGAGAAAGUGAAAUUAUUGAACAUGCUUAAGGCAGAUUUGCUGGCUAAGAUUUGCUGGCUAAAAGAGAAAGUUUGCCAAAGGUCAUGCCACAUUGCUGAUGAAGGACAUCUAGCCACCGUAUUUAAAGCUCAGACCACAUUGUCUAGUACAAACUCGUGGUGGGAGAGGCACCAAGGGACAGGCACUAGUAUCUACCAGGAUGCUGGCGAACACUCUCCAAGGUCAUAUAAGGGCCGAAUGCAAGACGAACGGUUCUUAGAACACUGUGGAACCUUCCCUGUGCUCUUCUGA